CCCGGAACCGCUCAAAACCUACAGGUCAGAGUCCUUGGACCACUUCUUCCAGAUCAUGGAUAAGAACAAAUGUCUGGCGAGACCUUCGGUACCUGCCCGUUCAUAUUUACAUCCGGUUGUGUCCUUUCACUUCGGGCUCAUACAGCAAGAAACGACGGAACCGUGAGUAAUCCAGCCACUCUGGUCUCAGUUAGAUCGCCCCUCAAUGUCUGAUGGAAAAUGGUGACCAAUCCUUUAGGUUGGUCAUGAGUGCCAUGCCUUAUGCAUGAACGGAGUUAGGUGGACAAAGUGAUAUACAGUCAGCAAGACCUAUUAUCUAAUACGGUUCAAGGAAAGGGUGCGGCGUUCUGCAGUGAGGUGUCCAAAGGCUAUAAGAGGUGGUCACAUCUUCCAAGCAUCGUACUUCUCCAGGCAAUAUAGUGCUACAGUCUUAUCCCUAUUCUUGCCCGUUAUCAAUAACACUACACGCUUUUCAAUCUAUCAAAAUGUCCACCAAAAACAUCAUCACCGUCUUUGGUGCCACUGGCGCCCAAGGUGGCUCUGUGGCAGACAUUUUUCUUCAAGAUCCGAAACUCAAGUCAAGCUGGAGUGUUAGGGCCGUCACCCGCGACACAACCAAGGAGUCAGCCAAAAAGCUUCAGCAGAAAGGUGCCGAAGUCGUUGCUGCCGACCUCAAUGAUAAGUCCACUUUGAUCAAAGCCAUGGAGGGGGCCUCGGCUGUAUACGCAGUCACCAACUAUUGGGAGAAGUGUGACAUGAAUCUGGAAAUUCAGCAAGGAAAGAACCUUGUCGAUGCUGCCAAAGAGACUGGCGUCCAGCAUUUCAUCUGGAGCUCGCUUCUCAACAUCACGAAAUUGAGUAAUGGAAAGUUGCCGAAUGUGUACCACUUUGACAGCAAGGCUCUGGUGGAGGAUUACGCCCGUGAGGUUGGCCUCCCAGCCACCUUCUUUCUUGCAGGAGCCUACAUGUCGAACCUUCCUGGUGGCAUGUUCCGCCGCGAUCCGCAGGCCGAUAAUGCCUGGAUCUUGAGCCUGCCUGUUUCCGACCAAGCUGUUCAGCCCCUGUUCGACGCAGCCGCUGACACCGGGAAGUUCAUCAAGGCAGCUGUACUGAAUCGUGACAAGGUUCUCGGCAAGCGUCUCCUUGGUGCCACCAGCUAUCUUACCAAUGCCCAGAUUGUCGAGGGCUUCAAGAAGGUCUUCCCCGAGGUGGGAAAGACAGCAAGCUACAAACAGAUCCCCGACAAGGCCUUUUACGAGGCUCUUACCAAGUACCAGGGUGCACCCGACUUUGUCGCACAAGAGAUGCUGGAAAACAUGCAUUUAUUCGAGCAGUUUGGCUACUAUGGUGGAGAAAGUCUUGACGAGACACAUGCGCUUCUGGAGGACAAGUUGACGACUUGGGAGGAGUUUGUGGCAAAGACAUCAAAGUGGGGAGAGGAGCUGAAGUGA